UAUAUUAAGUUCUCGUGCAAGAAACAUCUUAUACUUAUAGUUCUUUUGUUUUCGAGAUUUCCUAUUUUAGUAGCAAAUUAGGUAGCGAAGUCGCAAAUUAGGUAGCGAAGUGGCAAAUUAGAAGCAUGUUUGUGAAGAUAAAACUAUAAAACGUCGUCUAAUUACUGGCAACGUAACAAUUACAAUAAUUUAUUCCAAAUUCAUCAUGUUAAAAAGAAACAAUCCGCUAUUUAGCUUUCUCGUCACCUCGCCAUAAAAGUCCGUAACAACGCCCGGAUUUUUCGCGUUCCGCAAGGUCGGUGCACGACCACCCCCUUGCGUUUGCUAAUUGCUACUUUAUUGCCUAGCAACAGCGAGGAACUUGAGUAAAUAUUCAAUACGUGCAUGUGUAUGCUGUGUCAAUGCCGCAUGAAAUAUCAUUUUAAUAAGAAGGAAAUGCUUUAUAUUGUAUGACAAAUGAAACUUCCAAAAGGCUUGCCAAAUGAUGUAGUUCUUCGAACUUGGAUGGCACAAGGCAAAGGCAACGAGCCCGAAUUGAACACUGGAAGUUUUGUAUCGCCAAUUUUGAAAGAAAGCGCUAAUGGUGUGCAUCCACACGUCGUCACUCUUAGUUUGAGGCCGUUCAGGACGACGAAUUUAUCCGUGGAUUCGUUUAUGGCCUCGCAUAGUCCGAGACGAAGUAGCUCUAACAAGCAAAAGUUUAUGCUUAAACCACUAUCUCUAGAUCAGAGGAAUUGUUCUUCCAACGUACAUACGACAUUUGGAAAAGAUGCACUGGAGCUUGGUAGCAUAGCAUCGUCAUUGAAAGAUCAUGAAAGAAUACCACAUGGAAAGUCGGACAUUAGAGCAGAUAGACCACAAUCCAACUACAGCUGUCAAAACAGAGUUAAUAAACCAUUAGCAAGUGUUGUGAACUGCAUUGAUUAUGAUCCAAACUAUUCAUCUAAACUCUAUACGGUACCUGACGGUACUAAUUUAUACACCUCGCGUAAUAAUUCCUUUCGACCGCCGCCAAGGAUAUCUCAUUUGACAGGACAAAAAAUUACAUUUGGCAACACAUAUGGCUUUAACUAUCAUACCGGGUAUAUAAACUUAUUGCAAACACAGACAGAUCUGGUCGCCACCGGAACACCUGUCUCAACAAUCGGACCUAAACAGAAUCAAGCUACCAAACCAUCACCAAGAUGGCAGACUGUUAAAAGUGCAUUAAAUGAAAAAGGUUGUAAAUAUGUUGACCCUAUGCUUGGUUGCAAUUCUGGCUUUCAAGCAAGAAUGUCAGAAAUCACUCAACAUGAACUUGACACAGUGAAAUGGGAGAAAGGAAAAAAAGGAAAGAAAAAAACAGGCUAAAAGAAAAAUGGAGUUUCAGAAUGUAAUUUAUUUUUGUAAGUUACAAAAUUUACAAUUAUGCAAAUUGUAUAUAUAAAUGUUGAAAUCAUAUUUUCCAGCAUCCCACCAUUUUUUAUCAAUAAAAUUUUAACAUGGGAUAUUUUACAAUAGAGUUUUGCAAGUUGCAGAUUAACAUAGCAUAUUACUAAAACAAAAUAGUACCGCAAGUUCGCAACCCAAAUUUGGCUUGGCAUUGUCCCCAAUUUUUAUUUCUUCUAAUGCUGAAAUAUUUUAUUUUUUGAUGCCAUUCCUAAACCCAAAUAAAAUGAGGACUUACAGAAGAAUUUGUAUGAUUAAAGUUGACUCCUGGAAAUCAGAUGAUCGUUACUUGACCUAUAUUUGAGUUUUAUCACAUCAAUUCCACACAAAACAAGUGUCUAGAUAUAAACCUAAAAAUUUGGUUUCCUCUCUUCAAAAAUGUACAGCUAUAAAAACAUAUUGGAAGUAAACCAGUCAAAUCAAAUGACAUCUAGUAU